AUGGGUGAGCCCGACUGUGAAUCAAUUCCAGCUCCAGCUAAUGAGGCUGAUCGGAUUCAAUUUGCACUAAACCUAGAACUGUUGAAAGCUGAGUUUUUCUUGAAUGGUGCAGUUGGUCAAGGGCUCAACACCAUUGAUCCAUCUUUAGCCCAACGUGGUCCACCUCGCAUUGGCACUAAGAAGGCGAAUCUUGACCCUGUUGUUGAUCAUAUAAUUAAGGAAUUCAGUUUCCAAGCAGUCGAUAAUAUCAGGUCAUUGGAGGAGCAAUUGAUGCAAUUAAUGAUAAUUGAGCAAUUAAUGAUAAGUGAGACGCAUGGAGAGUGUGCGGUUAUACAAACACAACUCUAUGAGAAAGCCAAUAAAAAGGUGCUACCAUAUAACAUGACAGUGGCCGAGUUCACUGACCGUAUCUCUAAGCUUAGGAACAUGUUAUCCAAGAGAGGUACCAAUGAUGAAGGCAUAAUUGUACCUAUAUUUCCUGGUGCGUACAACCAAGUAAAUACAAACAUCAUACCAGUAAACCAUACUUGGAGUCUACCUGAGAUUUUAAGGAUACUUUAUAGGACUGGUAGUCAGCACAUUCCUGCUGGCUUUUUCCCUAGAGGUGGAGGUGGAAAUAUUGCAAAGUGCUGUCUUAACAAAGCUUAA